AUGGCGGCGGGCCGGCAGAUUCGGCUGCUACUGUGGAAGGAUUACCUCGUGCGAAAAAGAAAUCCGAUAACACUGGCUGGAAUUGUGUGGGCGACGGCAAUCGUAUCCAGCUUAUAUAUCGUUCGAAUUAAUGUGGACAACCAAGAUUUUCCCACCUGCCAGUUUCCAGCACGAGCUUUGCCGAGCGCUGGUAUCCUGACAUUUCUUCAGUCCUUCAUAUGCAGUGUCAACAAUGAAUGCUCUCCAAUGGAUCAGUUCGAGGAGAUACCCUCAUAUUCUAAUUCCAAAUUAACGCAGCUGAAGCGCCAGUUCUCCUCGCUAUUUUCUAAUACUUCACUACUGGACACAGCUGUAACAGUACCUGAUGCUCUCAAGCUAUUGGCGACUCUCUCCAACGUCGCCGAUGUUCCAGAAUUCGUUGACGUGGCGAAAAAUGGCCUCCACGUAAGAGAACUGUUUAGAAAUCCUGACAGGGUGAAACGAUACUUAACAACUCAAAUGAGCCUCGAUGAUCUAGUCGCUAAUAGCUUGUUUGCAUCGGACCUUAGCUUCGAAGGCAUUCUGCAAGGAAACUUCAACACAUGCAGUCCAGAAUCGAUCAUUAAGACUAUUAAAAUGAAUAAUGUCGAACAUUUAAACGAAUUCGUGCAAAAAAUGUGUUCCCUUUCCACCGAGGACGUUCAAAAACUAUUCAUGGACUUGCUGGUUGAACUUGAUUUGGGUAAAUAUAUUCAAAUGAUAGGUAACAUGUACUUCAAAUUGUCGAACGACGGAAGAAUAACGGAGCUGGGAAAGAUGGCAGCAUCUGUAUUGCGUAUGAUGUCGCUGCAAAGCUUUCUACCUCCAGAAAUAACCGAGAUGUUUCAAGGCGAAACUCCUGACUUCAGUUACAUUCAUUUAGAUGUAAUAUCUAAUAUACUCGACUACUUUGAACCGGACUUUGGUGACACACAAUCAUACAAAUCAGUAAGAAAUUUCGCCGACUCUGCUGUAGUUGUCAUCCGAUAUUUACAUAGAUUCUCAGAAAAGCAAAGGAAGUCAGUAAGUGGCGUAGCUAAUGUAGAUUCUACUGAGUUUGGAAAGGAUUUUAAUAUGAACUCGACAACGGAGGGCAUUUCAAAUAUUUUCUCUAACGCCAUUGAAGUUUUCGAUGAUUUUGCUGAUAAUGCAACGACAAUAGAUGCGUUCAAUUUAAUGCCACAAAUUACAAAUUUCAUUUACAAAUGGCUUCCGGACAAAACAAAACAUGACGUUCUGUUUUAUUCAACACUUAUAACGAAAUUAAUAGAAGGGGCGGAAAAAGUUAUCUUUAUUAACGUGAAUAUAGAAGAAUUGAUCUACAACGUAUCUUUGAGGCACCCACAAGGCGUUAAAGUGUUAACGUCAUUGCCUACAGAAUUUUUCGCACAAGGUUUGGAGGCUUUAGCUGACAUUGAAAGAGUUCAGAUCCUAACAUCGAAACUAGACUCUCCUGGCGAGAUGUUUUGUGACAGUAAAAAAUUGCAAAAGUUUUUCAACGUGAAAAAGGAUAUAGCGAUGCAGUUGCAAACUAAUCUUUGUACCGCCGCCUGGAAGGACUAUAUUGCUGACUUGAUCCGCACUUUUGGGAUCUACGAAGUUAGAAACAAUAUCAAUACAAUGGCGUCAUUAUUCAUCCAAGAGGCACUGGGCAAGGACACGUCUUCGCAACUUUAUACCCUUGACCGUGACUACCAAGUUCUCAAGAACUUCGUCCACGCAGUCUACAAGGUAGACGAAGAACUCCCGCGUGCUGUCAAUUGGAGCAAUAUAAUCGACCCAAACCAAGAUUCAAAGUUUAUGAAGAUAGUUCGCGAUAAAAGAAAUUUGGGCAAGCAGAUGUUAGUAACAGUUCAUGGAGCGUUAGCGAAGGCGGUGGUUAAACAAAACCCGAUUUUAGAAUUAAAAAUAGCACCUCUCCUAACGGAUGCGACAACCAUAGUUUCAGCUCUCAGCAAGGAAAUAGAUGAAACGCCUCAAGACGUUGCGCAGAAAGUGCAAACCCUUUACCCUACAAUACUGCGAACCAUUUUGACUACUGCUCUUGAUGAGAAAAAGACUUACAAAUUACUGUCUACCUUCAGUCAAGACGCGGUAUGUAGGGGUGUCGAAAAUGCUUCGAUGUAUUUGAAAUUUCCACCCGACGUCGACAGAGAUAGCGUUGUUACAGCCUUGUGUAAUAUAAACGUUAUAUUUGAAAACAUACUAAAUAAGGAUUCACAUUUAGGAAAUGCUGUCUCGGCCAUUAUGUCCAAAAAGGACCAGAAAUUUAUGGGAAUCGAGUGGACGAGACUCAUAACCGAUCUGAAGAACCUAUACGUGAAAAUGGCCCAAUAUUAUCCAUAUUUGUUCGAAUACAAAACCUUUGGAAUGGAUGACGAUAUGCAGAUGGAAAUUGCGGCUAUGCUUAAGGAAGUGAAAACAUACUGGUUUGGUACAAGGAAAAUGAACAGAAGUAUACGCUUGAGUAUAAAACUGGGAUUAGGUGUCUUAGAUUUUGUAGAUCGAGACAUUUUCAACCUGAAGGGUGACACUUGGCUACGGUUGAAAUACGGUUUCGGUCUGCUGUCUGGUCCCUUAUCGGUUAUGGACGAUAUCGUGAAGUUAAUUCAAGUGAUAUCGAAGAAUGAAACUCUACACUUCAAUUCCGCCUUACCCCCGUCUACAGUCAUGAGCUUGAGUAAAAUCAUACCCUAUUCAGCUCAAUUGUUACAAGAUGGGGUUGAUUUAAUCGUGAAAGACGACACUGAAAUAGAACCAAUAAUAGAGAUAAUGAAUGCGCACCCAGCUUGGCCAUGUUCAACGACUGGUCUGGCAGACUUAUUGACGAUAAGUGACCCGUCCAAAGAAGCACUGAAGAGUUUAGAAUAUUUUUUGUGUCUGAACAAAAGUCUGCAAGAAGACUGGAUGUCGUAUUUAGAAACCAAAAACAUUUAUAAACUUAACCCAGAUGACAUAAAUGCUACAGUUUUUGAACCACACGUAUUCCUACGGUUCUCUGCGGCCUUCGAUUCCCUGAUCGAAGACACUUAUAUACUCAAAGAUUUUUUUCUGGACGCUGUUGAUGAUCCAACUGAUGGCCGCCCAAAUUUUAUGACCGCAUGGAAACAUGCCGCUAAUGCUUUCAACAUCACAGAUAGAGAUGACAUAUUCAGGAGAGUAUUCUCAAAAAUGGACACAAUACUAAACUCAAUCAGAGUACCGUCGGUUAAACUCGACGUGCCACUCAUCGCUUUGUGGAGGAACUUCCGGAGCUGCAGCAACAGCGGGCUCAUUGAAGACAGCUGUAAAGAAGUCGGACGGGCCACGUGGUUGCAUAUCUUCAAGUUUAUUUCAGUAACCUUAAGCAACGUUGCGGAGGACUUAUUGACUUACUUUAAAGAAAUCCACGAACCAGACAGUAAUUUGCUACAACUAGUAGGCUUCACAAAGAAGACUAGCUUGUAUUUACUGUACGAAAAGCUGCCAGACUUCAUUGGAGUAUUAGCUAAUUCUUACGGUGAUUACGGCUUCAUGACUCAGAUUCGUCGUGCAAGUCUGAGUAACUUCUGGGAUUGUGAAGCAGUCGUCAACAGUCUUAAGCCGGCGCCGGGUAGUCCGAUUGAUGAGACCAUCAUUACAAGAGUCCAGCCCUUUGUUUGUCCAUCGUUUCUUUACUGGAUAUCAUUUCCUAGAGGAGACAACGCGCUAUUGAACCUUGUGGCUAAGCCCCAAUACUAUCUCUUCACAUCGUUAGCCGAUGAUUUAAACAGUACCUACGAAGACGCUUUCGCAAAAACAGUCGAAGUAAUGAAUUUCCUAAAAGAACUAUCGAAUAACAAAACAACCGUCAAACGAAACAUAAAUACAGAGACAGUUGAAGAAAAACUAAAGAAAGCUGUUGAUAUAAUGUUAAAUUACAAAAUAAACGAAUCAAAUCCUUCAUAUCGUCGGUUUAAUGAAGCUAAUAAUAACCUUGUCUCUUCUACUGUAUAUUUAACAAGAAUUAUCACAAUUAUUAACAAAAUAUUAACUAAUAUUGAAAAUAUGAAGAUAAAUGACGUAGUGUCUAAUAUACCAGAAGAAGAAAUCAAACCUUUAGAAGCAGAUCUAUCAGCUAUAAACAGAAUAUUUAAAAGGAGACCAGCAGAAGGAAUAGCAGUAUUUUUUGAUGCAAUCACAAACAAUUUAUGGGAAAAAGAUGCAGAAAAUACUGUACUAAAUGCAUUUCAAGCGACAUGUGACCGCUUGAACAAUAACGAUUCAACGAAAGAAAUAUUAACUGACAGUGAUAGAGUAAAAAGGCAGAUUUGUGCGAUGAAAUAUAAUAUAAUUAUACCUGCAUAUGGCAGUAAUCUUGAAAACGAGUUAGAAAACGCCAAAAUAAGUUUAGUUUCUCUUGUAGACAUACUUCAAAAUAAAACUAAAGAAAAUAUUACGGAUAUUUCUCAGUUUCUAAAAACCAGGCAAGAAGUGAUAAAAUCUCUAGUAGAAUCUACUAAGUAUGCUUACGAUCUGAGUGUUCCAGUCUAUUUGAAAUACCUUCAUAACAAUUUACAACAUCACAGCGUCGUCAUUACUUUCUUAUCGGGCGGUAACUGGUGGCAAAAAAUGAGAGAUCUAUACAAUGGUCCCUACGCAAAUGAUUUCUUCGAUAACAUAGAAAAAGGUUUUGAUAUUGCUAAAGAUAUACUGACCAAUCUUGAUAAAAUACAUUGGGUUCGCCUCAUUCGUGACAUCAACGCUAACAGCAAAGAAGGCUUCUGUAAGGCCAACACAGCUAUGUCUGAAUAUCUGCCUGACGAAACCGGAGCAUUGACAAGUUUUAAGCAACAGUUUUGUCUCGAAGAUAAGGUCGAGCUAUUUAAGGAAUUGCCGCCGUUACAAUUCGCUUCCCAAAUGUAUGACAAUAAUUUGAAAAUAAACAAAGACGUAAACUAUACAGCUUUGAAUUCUGAUGUAUCUAGAAUUGAAUCUGAAAUACAGAAUGUAUUGAAUGGACCAAAAUCUCCACAAAUACCACCAUGGGUGACUCAAGAGAAGUUAACACAUUUCCGAUCGAUUGCAAUUGGACUGCUGUCUAAGGAAUCACUGACUAAAGCAUCAUUUGGAUUGCUUGAAAAUCUUGUUGAUGCGGGCACAUUAUUGUUAAAUGACAGCCAAUGUAUCCUCUGCUCUCAAUUAACGACAUGGUUCAAACAAAUCAAUCUCCAGCUGUAUAAGAAGCAGGAAUACGAUAAUCUAAUCUGUCACUUGCAUGAAAUGAACUUGCAUGAAGUGUAUAUAAGUUUGAAGAAUGAUUUUCACUGGGAUAUGGCCAUUAACGAAUUAUUAUCAACCCGCAACUACACGAAGUACGAAUUAAACAAAUCCCUAAACGAGUUUCUGGAGCAGGUGAAACAGAACUUGCUUGAAGAUAUGACAGCGCCGACUAAAGUAUCGCAGUGCUUGGCAAAGAAUGUGACAGGGAAUGCUUUCGGAAACGCUACGUUAUUUGCUAAAGUGUUGGCGCUUACCCUCAAGCUAAUAAGAGCAGAGCUUCCGCACUUACAAGAAAUAGACGGAAUAAAGGAUUUGAAGUACUUAAAAGAUUUGCAAGCGGCUGUUGCAUACAAACUCGAUGUGGAUGUUCCUUUGAAAACUUAUUUUAGAAAAGGAUACGACUUUCCAAAACGACUAAGGGAUACCGUUACAAAAGACUACUUAGUCGACGCUGUUACAAAUGCACGAGUCAAUUUACGAACUGUACAUGACCUGCAGCCAGAAGGUUUACUUUUCGACGGUAGUGAAUACACCUGGAAAGAUCUGUGCGAGUGUUGUGACUGUAAACAAAUAGUUGCUGAUAUCGUCGGAAACCUAAAUACAACAUUGAUUGAUAGAGAUCUCCAACAACUCCAAGAAGAAGCAUUUUGGCGUUUCGGAUUCAUUUCGAACAUUUUAGAACGCAUUGAAGAUCUAGUCGGCCACGUCGCCCGACUACUGGGCGUAGUUAGUAAAGUGGACUUAGAAGGCUUGGUGCAAGGUCGCCUGGUCUCCGUGAUAGAUACAGCUAUGCAGUUACUUAUGGAUGAUACCCUGAACAGUAUUGUUUUUAGCAUUCAUGGUCUUAUGAAGGAUCUUACUCCGUUAAUAAAGAGCGAUAGCCUGCAGAUCAGCUUACAUGAUCUCAGCCAGGGGUUGCUAGCGCUGCAGGAAUUUAAGAAUUCAUUACUAGAAGAUGAUUUAAAAGUGCAAGUUUCUGAGCUGUUUCCGGACCCUGAGAAACUGGAAACGGACCUCAGUGGUCUAGGAAUCAACAACACCAACUUCUGGUCCAUCGCUGCACCUCGAAUACAAGUUGGAUCUUUCCACUUGAAACCGAUCUUCGCCGCGAAACAAGACGUAUACCGAAUAAGCAACUUUGUGUGCGAGGGGGAGGACAUGUCCAAGGUCAUAGUGCCGGGGAAUGUGGACGUGGUCACCCUGGACGAUAUCUAUGGCGCGGUGAUAGAGCAGUUUUGUGACCUGGACGAUAUCAGAGCGAAGCAGGUGGUGCCUGUGCUGAUGCAGAACUUGAAUUUUACGUUCAUCAUUAACAAGAUCAAAGAUUGGUUAUUAGCAGAACUAUACGUAGCAUCAGACCUCACAACAUCAGAGGGCGAGCGAGUGAUAGAGAACUUACCACAGAUGGCUUCCCUCACGCCGGUGGUGCAAAACAAUAUUGGCAGCAUAAGUGACUUAAUGGCUAAUGAGCCCAUGCUCGAUUACUUUAAAACUGAUUUCUCGUUUGAUAGUCUAUUCGCAGCGGGCGACUUCAUGGCAGACGCAGGUAGAAUGUUUUGCGGUAAACCAUUCAAUACUCAUGUGAACAGAAUCUUUAAAUCAAUCAUCGAAACUAAAGACCUCACGAGCGAAGCUGAUCCCGAGCAACUGAAAGUUCUACCGACGGACUUCUGCCGUUCGUUGUACAAGCAGAUCGUCAGCGUUGACGGUGGAAAGAUCGUAUGGAGCUUUGUGAAGCCACUGAUUAUGGGCAAAAUACUCUACACCCCAAACACGCCAGCGGUCGAGAGAAUUAUAAAAACGGCCAAUGAAACUUUCCAACCAAUGAUGAAGACGGUCAAUUUGGUGCACUCCUUCGCAAGAGCAUUUUCUUCAGUGAAGACAUUAUCUGAACAUCGGGUGGGGCUAACCGCUCUCCAGAAUCUGCUUACUGCACCUAAUACUCAAGAACUAAGAAAGAAUUUGCUUGGUAACAUAGAUAUACCUGACAUUGACGUCGAGAGUAUGUUUGAGAAGAUAGGAGAUGUACAGGAUCUAGGCAGCAUUCUACAAAAGGGAUCUGAUUUAUUGGAAUGUAUAAACUUAAACCGGUUCCAACCGGUGUUGGAUGAGCAUCAGCUUAGCAAUGAAGCUGUCAAAUUGAUGAGGGUCAAUGAGUUUUCAGCUGGCUUAGUGUUUAUGAACAACGAUACAGGCGUAGAAGUGCCAUUAAAUGUGGAAUACAAAAUUCGAAUGGACAUAGAAAACACACCGACUACAAACAGAUUAAAAAAUUUCUUUUGGGUACCCGGCCCUGAAGCGAGCUUCAUCCAAGACAUGCGCUACUUCCGCGGUUUCAUUCAGAUUCAAGAUAUUAUCGACAAAGCCAUCAUCGACAUCUCUGCGAACCGCACCAACAUGCUGCACAAAAGGGAAACUCUACACGAUUACGACCUAGAUCGAGCCAUGUACACUCAACAAAUGCCUUACCCUUGUUAUAGAAAGGACUUUUUCCAAGCCUCUCUGUAUGAAUCGCAGUCCCUAAUAGUGGCGUUCUUCUUUUCUUUGUUGUUCACGACUUCCUCAAUCGUGCGGUUCAUCGUGUCUGACAAGGAAACUGGGAACACCAUGCUGAUGUCGGUGAUGGGAGUGAACUUGACGUACCACACAUUGUCGUGGUUCCUGACCUCGUUCGUGGAGCUGGUCAUCACCUGCGGGAGCAUUGCAACAGUGCUGUGUGUCGGCGGCGUGCUGCCUCGUACUUCGACUUCCUUGAUUUUCUCAUUGCUGUUCAUCUACGGAUUCUCCGUACUCUGUUUCUGCUACAUGAUUUCGAAGCUAUUCAAGUCGGCCAGCUUCGCAGCAGUGUGUACUGGCAUAGCGUACCUCAUCUCGUUCAUGCCGUUGGUGAUUAUAAUAUCUAUGGAGACUGUACUCACCAGCUCGUUGAAAUUGCUUGUCUGCCUGUUUAUGUCGUCAUCAUUUUGCUACGCGUGUCUGUUCAUCACACAAUACGAAGCAAUGGGGCUUGGUGCACAGUGGGCCAACUUGUGGGUAACUCCCGAUGGCGUGACUGAUUUAAACAUUGGCCUGACUGCUGUCUUCGUGAUCGUGGAUGGCUUUAUUUAUAUUCUUAUUGGACUUCUACUGGACAGAUUUUUGGGUGUCAAAGCCAUUCGAAACAACGUAAUGAACUGCGAGGCUUCAGGUGAAAAGGCAGGCGUUAGCAUCAUUAAUAUCACCAAAGUCUACGGUUCCGGCUCCCGCGCCAAGCUGGCCCUCAGCAACGUAUCCAUAGAGCUGAAAUCUGGACAGAUCACCUCACUGCUGGGGCACAACGGCGCGGGGAAGACCACGCUUAUUAAGAUCCUGACGGGUACGCUGCGGCCGACGCGGGGGCAGGUGGUAAUGCGCUGGGCGGGCGGGGCGGGUGCGGCGGGCGGGGCGGGCGGGCAGCGCAGCACGCAGCUGGGCGCGUGCCCGCAGCGCGACGUGUUGCUGCGCGCGCUCACCGCACGCGAGCACGUCGUGCUCUACGCUCAGCUCAAGAGCGGCCGCGCGCUGCACGAACUGGAACACCAGGUCGAAAGCAUAAUGCGUAUUCUGUCACUGGGUGGCGUCGCCGAUGAGCCAGUGGCGCGACUGUCCGGAGGGACGAGGCGCAGGUUGUGCGUGGCGCUGGCCUUCGUGGCGGAACCGAGCCUGGUCGUGCUGGACGAACCCACGGCUGGAGUAGACCCCGCUGCUAGAAGGGACAUCUGGUCGAUGAUAUUGAAACUGCGAGAGAACAGAACCAUUCUCCUCACCACGCAUCAUCUCGACGAAGCCGAGCUGUUAAGUGACCAGAUUGUCAUCAUGCAUAAGGGUCAAGUCCACACAGCUGGUUCACCAAUAGACAUCAAACGCAGCCUCGGAACCGGAUAUAAGUUGACCGUGAUGUAUUCAGAAAGACAGAGAAAAAUGGAAGAUGUGCAAGAGAUAAUAGAAGAUGCAGAAAUAUGCAUUGAGGAGAAGACCAAAAUUCUUCUCGAGGCCGUGAGGAACGUCAUCAAAAACGCCAUCUUAGUGGACGUGAACGGACUUGAGGUGGAGAUAAAUUUACCAUUUUAUGGUCCCGAUGGAGUUAGUAACGACUUCCUUCAGUUGUGCUCCAUGCUGGAGUCCAAUCAGACGGCACUGGGCUUUAGCAGCUUUACCAUGGACUGCAGUAGUUUGGAGCAGGUGUUCUUCACCAUUUGCAAUCAAGCCGAUGCGCCGCAACAAGCCAUUGAUCUAGGACCCUUAGAAGCGCCCUCUAAAAGCGACUCGACGUCCAGUCUGCGCGACGACCGAACUCCUCUAGUCCCACGUGAGGGUCCGCUCGUAGGUACCGUUUGGGAUCAAUUCUUCGCGCUGCUGUAUGGCCGCUAUUUACACUAUAUAAGAAAUAGGUGGCUGCUCUUCAUGUUGAUCGUGCUACCAUCCCUGUUCGUGAUAAUCGCCAUGGCGUUCUCCACCGUACGACCACCUCCUAACAAUGAGUUCGCGUUGAAGCUUCAUCGGGGCUUAUAUGAAAAUUCUACCGAGUUCCUAAUUGAGCACCCAUCAAUUUAUGACAAUAAAAUCAGUUCAGCGUUCGCACAGCAUGUCAUGGAUACACUGCGAUAUGAAAAAUUCGCGAGAAAUUGGACAGUUCAGGAUAAUCCUAUAUGUAAAUGCGGUGAAACGAAACAAGAAUGUGACUUUAGUAGAAUCAACACCACCGAACUACCAGAGAUGAUGGUGCUUAAUGAUGUCAAAACUCUCAACGAAUGGCUGACAACAUCGCAAGAAAUUUACAUUAAUAAAAGAUUCGGCGGCUUUACAUCAAAUAUUAAGAACAACAUUUCGAACCUAGUGGUCUGGUACAACAACAAGGGCCACCACGCCAUGCCGGCCUACCUAAACGCCCUCAACAACGCUGUGCUGCGGACUGUCAGCGGCCACCACACCGCGAACAUCACCACUUACACUCACCCCCUGAAGAUCUCCAAAGAGCAGAUUAAUAAGGAUACUGUUUAUCAGCAUGUGGCCGAUGCUGGCAUCACGGGGAUGCUGCUGAUAGCGUACAGUCUGGUGAGCGCGGGUGCAGCCAUCUACCUGGUGACGGCGCGCUGCAGCCAGGAGAAGCGUCUACAGCUUCUGGCCGGCGUCAGCCCCGCGCUCUACUGGAUCACGGCGCUAGUUUGGGAUAUGAUUAUAAUCUCCAUCAACAUGCUGAUCACGAUGAUGGUGCUGCAAGCGUUCCACUUUCCGGUGUUCAUAACUAGAAACAACCUGCCGGCUAUCUGCGUUCUCAUCUUAUUUUAUGGAUAUGGAUGUGCGGGCGUAGUGCACGUGGCCGAGAAGCUGUUCUCUCAAGCGAGCCUGGCCAAUAUGGUCCUGUUCUGCGCUAACACCUUCUUAGGCAUCUUUGGCAUCGCAAUACUCCUCAUUUUGGAUAUCAUAUCUGAAUCAGACGCGACAGACAACGCUCGCUGGAUACUGCACAAGGUCUUCAUGUUGAGUCCACAGUUCGCUCUUGGCGACGGCUUACUAGAAAUUGCCAAGAAUACAAUUAAUUUUCAGGUGCUAGCUCAAUUUGGAAUGGACACGUACCGAGAUCCACUUUAUGGCGACCUGCUAGUUUACCACUACCUGGCGCUUGUUCUCGUCGGCACUGUACUGUUACUUCUUAACUUGGCCAUAGAGUACGACUGCUUCGAAGUAAUCCUUGUGAAAUUCCGUUCAGGAACAAUAGAGCCGUUGUCAGAGAGCGAGCUAGACCCAGAAGUACUCGACGAGCGACGCCGGGUUUUGGCUUCGCGAACACCUCUACGUCUACUUACAAUUGGCAACAUCAAUGCAGGUUUCGUGGAUACAGAAGAGAAGGGCUCAAUUAAGAGCGAGAUAGCGCUAGGGAACGACGUGGCACAGUGCGUACGACUGGGCAAAGCGUACCCAACGAUGAGCGGCCGCCCGCCCGCUGUUCGAGAUCUCACGCUUGGAAUACCACCUGGGCAGUGUACAGCGCUUCUGGGGCAAAACGGUGCUGGAAAGUCAACAACAUUUGCAAUGCUCACGGGCGAGAUCCGACCCACCUCUGGAAGCAUCUAUCUUAAUGACAGGCGCGUGGGCCCUCGAGAUCUCUGUCAGGGGCUUAUCAGUUACUGUCCGCAGAGCGAUGCAAUCGACCCUCUGCUAACUGUACGCGAAACUUUAAAACUCUACUGCAUACUGCGCGGCAUCACCAAACAAAGAGAGGUAAUUCGAAGAACGAUCGAAAUGUUCGACCUCACGAAGUACAAAGAUGUUCGCAGCGGGACGCUCAGUGGUGGAAACAAGAGAAAAUUAUGUACAGCUAUUGCAUUUAUGGGAAGAACGCCAUUGGUUCUUCUCGACGAACCUACAAGCGGCAUGGACCCUGGGUCGCGCCGCUGCGUGUCGCGUGGCGUGCGAAUUGCGUGCGCAGCGGGGCGCGGCGUGCUGCUCUCCACGCACGCGCUGGAUGACGCGCGGCGGCUGGCGGCGCGCGUGGCGCUGCUGCAGGCCGGCGCGCUGCACGCGCUGGCGCCGCUGCAGCGCUGCCUGCGCAGGUUUGGCGGGGGGUACGUGGUGGCGUGCCGCGCGCGGGGCGGCGCGGGGGGCGGGGCGCGGGCGGCGUGGGCGCGCGUGCGGGCGCGCGCGCCGCACGCGCAGCUGCACGCGCUGCACGCCGCCACGCUGCGCUUCCUGCUGCCCGCCGCUGCCACAGUUGACGGUAAAGAAGUAACAACAAAGCUGAGCGACGUGUUCCGUCUGACAGCGGAAUUGCGGGGCUCUUAUGAUAUUGAAGACUUCACUGUCAAUCAGAGCUCGCUCGAUCAGAUGUUCCUAAACUUUGCGGGAUCGAGUCGCUCUCGGGGCACUGAACUGGAAGACGUGGAGUCUACGCCCCCUGUUUCACGACACCAAAGCUGUGAGGACCUCAGUAUUGUAACGGCUCUAUGA